UGUCAUUCUGCUUUUCUCGGGUUUGUUACAGGUACCAUGAACACCAACCACCAAGUGUUUGCCACGCCCGUGGAUUUGAAGCAUGACGACGCCAAGCUGGCAUCAUCCGAGGAAGCCAUUCCGCAGCACGUGCUGGACGACAUCGCACUCCACCACGGCUUCAUUUGGUGGUCGAUGUUGUUCCUCAACGGGUCGGUGCUGUGGGCGUUCUACUCAUGCUUGUCGGUGCAAAACUAUUACGAGGCCAAGUUCAAGGCCGCCAACUUCAACUUUGCGUACUUGACGACGCCCGUGUCGACGUGGCCCAUGUUUGUCGGCCACGCGCUCCAGCUCUUCUUUGGCUGGGACAAGAAGAUGGACAUGUGGCACCGGGUGAUUGUCGGCUUCAGCCUCUUUGUCGCGUGCGCGCUGGUCAUCCUGGCCCAAGAAGCGUUCGACACACACGCCACCACCGGCGCGACCCUCGUGUUCCUCUCGUUUGGCCUCAUGGGGGCCAUCAACACGCUCACCGAGUCGGUGUUCUACGCGCUCUCGGCACUCUUCCCCGACUCGUCCUUCACCACCGCCAUUCUGAUCGGCGACGGCGCGUCCGGCGUGUUCACCAUCACGCUCAACACAAUCAUACGGCUGCUCGUGGGGGGAACGAACCCCGCGCCCGCCGACAUCGUCCGCAUCAACUCGGUGUCGUUUUACAUCUUCUUCAGCGUGCUCAUCGUCGUAUGUGUGAUCGCCAUGGUAGUCUUUACGCGCCUGCUCAAACUCGAUGGCAUACAGUAUCUCGUCCUUCACAACAAGGCGGAGACGGCGCGCCGCCACGCUUCGGACGAGCGGAUAGGCGACCACCUCGGUCGGCUGUGGCGCAUCUCUCAAGUGAUUGCGUUGCCGAUGGUGUCGCAGUUUGUCGUGUUCGCCGUGUCCCUUACCGUGUUCCCGGGCAUCGGGUGCUCGUCGGGGUAUCAAUACGCGGCGGGGGCGUCGUGGGCGGCGUGGUACUGCUCGCCGGGCAUCAUCGCAACGUACAAUUACGGCGACUGUGCCGGUUGCGUUGUCGCUCCCCUGUUGCUCACUCGCCUCGAUUUGAAGUGGUGCUUUCGGUUGACGUGGUUGCGCUGGGUGUUUUUGCUCUUGCUGCUGAUCGGGUUGCCAGGAGCCAACCCCGUGACGCUUGCUGGGCCCACCAACUCGUUGUUUGCCUUUGACGGCGCCCGAGCAUUUGGCCAGUUUUGGCAGUUGUUUCUCAACGUGUGGAUCGGAUUGACCAAUGGAAUUCUGUCCACGAUCACGUUUGCGCUGGGGCCACGCCUCGUAGCGCAAGAAGACCGAGAGUCGGCGGGGGCCCUCAUGGCAUUUGCUCUGGAUCGACCAUCAGUUGGCAAUUUGGGGCCAACCACUGGUUUGGCGCUUAAGCUCAACUCCCACUUAGUUGUCCGUGCACUACUACACCAUUUUGCGUUUAAUUUCAGCUUUUUUUCAAAAUAUUUCUACUAA